AUGAGAAUGAACAGCAACAGUCGCAGCAGCAGCAGCAGCGGCAAAGGCAGCAGCAGCAGCAGCAGCAAAUGCAGCAGCUGCUGCAGCUGCAGCCGCGAAAGAUGCAGCGGCCAAAGAAGCGAGAGAAGCAGCAGCAGCCGCAGCAGCAGCUGUACCCGCAGCAGCAGCAGCAAAGUGCUGCAGCAAGAAAAUGUUGAACAGGGAUCUUCUUUUAUUCGAUUGAAACAAGCUGCAAAGGCAGCAGCAGCAGCAGAAGCAGCUGCAAAGGCAGCAGCAGCAGCUGCAGCAGCGAAAGCAGCAGCAGCAGCAGCAGCAGCAGUAGAAGAAGCAGGAGCAGCAGCAGCAGCAGCAGAAACAGCUGCAGCACUGCGAAUGCAAAGGCGAGGCAUCCUUAUGGGCCUUCUCUUUCCGCAAGCAGCAGCAGGAGCAGCAGCAGCAGCGGAAAAAGCAGCAACAGCAGCAGAAACAGCAGCAGCAGCUUCGAGCAGCAGCUCGAACCGAUGGAGCGUCAGCAAGCAAGGCGUUGUUGCUGCUGCAGCUGCAGGAGCAGCUGCAGCAGCACAAGCCAAGCAGCCGCUCACAGGAAGCACAGCAGCAAAAGCAGCAGCAGCAAAUGCUGCAGCAGCAGCUGCGAAUGAGAAUGACUGCAGUGGGAGAUAA